AUGGCCCCACACCCUCUCUUUCCCAACCUCGAAGCGUCUGUCCUCAUGGACAAUCGCCCCGUUGUUGAACUGUAUGACCAUGAAGAUGCUAAUCUCCAAACCAAGAUAGUCUACAUCGAGUCUGAAGCAGGCGAGCAGUUCAGUGUCCGCUACUACAUCCCCGGUUACCUCUUCGAGCACCAUAGCAUCAAGGCCAUAGUCAGCAUCGACGGUGUGGAUAUGCGCAAAUUCAUCUUCGAGAAGCGCAACUACGGCUACUACGGUGUCUCGAGGCACAUUUAUGCCAGCAGCGCAAAAGCAGGCCGUAACUGUAUGGGCCAGCGCUUCCGCUUCGCCUCUCUGGAUACUCACGAUGAGAGGAGCGCAAUCGAGCACGAGCUCCAGGAGCAACUGGCACACACGGGUACCAUCUCCAUAGCAUUCCACAAAGUCACCAAUGUACGCAUGGCGGCUGCAUGGAAGGAUGUCCCGUCAAUGUACCAGUACGACAAAGUCCCCGAGAAGGCUUUGAAAGGCUCAUCCGUCUCGCACAAGACUACCCUCGACCCGCCUGAGCGCAUCGCACCUGUCAAGUUCAUGGAGGCUGACUACGUCGAUGGAGAAGGUCGCCCGUUCGCCGUCAUUGAGUUCAGAUACCGCUCUGCAGCUGCUCUGAAGUCACUCGCCAUUCUCCCCCGAUCAUCGAGUCCAGCACCAGUCAAGGACGUGGUCUCAGAAGAGGAGGUGAAUAAAAUCUACCUCAAGCAGGAAGAGGCCGAGACACGCAAGCGAGACCGUGCCGAUGACGAUGGUGAUGACGGAGACGUUGAGAUGGUGAAUGAGAGGCCCGCAAAGCGACGUUGCUUCCCAACCAGCAACGAUGAAGUCAUCGAGCUGGACUGA